UGGGUUCCCCUCUGGCACAGAGAGAUGCAGAGUCAGUACUCAUGGUGGGUUAGGGACUGGACUCCCGCACAUCCAUUCAUCCCGCAGGCACAGGUCGGUUCAGUUCGAAGAUGAGAGUUCCGCCUCCGCAGCGCCCCCAAGCUGCAGUGCGGGAACAGCUGCGGGUUAAGCGCUCCCUCCCAAGACCUGACAAUCAGAGAGAACCCGAUCUCUCAAGGGCCUGCCGCCAGGGACCAGCCCAGAAUAGUGCCACCCUGCCGCCGCCUGUCGCGCACUUGCUAACGGACUAGAGCUGGCCGCAUGGAGCCCGAGCUGGAGCACACAUUGCCUGGGACCCUGACCUGGAGCCACAGUGGGGGUCCAGAGAGUCAAGAGAUGGACUUCUUAGAACAAGGAGAAAACUCAUGGCCCUCACCAGCUGUGGCCACCAGCUCAGAAAGAACCUGUGCCAUACGGGGAGUCAAGGCUUCCAGAUGGACGAGACAGGAGGCCGUAGAGGAAGCAGAACCACCAGGUUUGGGAGAAGGUGCCCAGUCCAGACCAGCUGCUGAGUCCACCAGGCAGGAGGCCACAUUCCCGAAGGCCACACCCUUGGCUCAAGCUGUUCCCUUGGCUGAAGCGGAGACCUCCCCCACAGGGUGGGACCUGCUCUUGCCCGACUGUGCAGCCUCAGCAGGGGGCUCCAGCACAGGUGACCUGGAGCUGACCAUAGAGUUCCCAGCCCCAGAGGCCUGGGACUGUGAGCUGGAAGGCCUGGGGAAGGACAGGCCUCGUCCUGGUCCAUCCCCACAGGCCCCACUUCUCGGCCUGAGUUGGGAUGACGAACUUCAGAAGCCCGGAGCCCAGGUCUACAUGCACUUCAUGCAGGAACACACCUGUUAUGAUGCCAUGGCUACCAGCUCCAAAUUGGUCAUCUUUGACACCACGUUGGAGAUAAAGAAGGCUUUCUUUGCCAUGGUGGCCAACGGUGUGAGGGCAGCUCCUCUGUGGGACAGCAAGAAGCAGAGCUUUGUGGGUAUGCUCACCAUCACUGACUUUAUCCUGGUGCUGCACCGGUACUACAGAUCCCCCCUGGUCCAGAUCUAUGAGAUUGAAGAACAUAAGAUUGAGACCUGGAGGGAGAUCUACCUACAAGGCUGCUUCAAGCCUCUAGUCUCCAUCUCUCCCAAUGACAGCCUGUUUGAAGCUGUCUAUGCCCUCAUCAAGAACCGAAUCCACCGCCUGCCGGUCCUGGACCCGGUCUCUGGCACUGUGCUCUACAUACUCACACACAAGCGGCUACUCAAGUUCCUGCAUAUAUUUGGUGCCCUGUUGCCCCGGCCCUCCUUCCUCUGCCGCACUAUCCAAGACUUGGGCAUCGGCACAUUCCGAGAUUUGGCUGUAGUUCUGGAAACAGCUCCUGUCCUGACUGCGCUGGACAUCUUUGUGGACCGACGUGUGUCUGCACUGCCUGUGGUCAAUGAAUCUGGUCAGGUCGUGGGCCUCUACUCCCGCUUUGAUGUCAUUCACCUGGCUGCCCAGCAAACCUACAACCACCUAGACAUGAGUGUGGGAGAAGCUCUGAGACAGAGGACACUGUGUCUGGAGGGAGUUCUCUCCUGCCAGCCCCACGAGAGCCUAGGUGAAGUCAUUGACAGGAUCGCACGGGAACAGGUGCAUAGGCUGGUGUUGGUGGAUGAGACCCAGCAUCUUCUGGGCGUGGUCUCCCUCUCUGACAUACUUCAAGCACUGGUACUCAGCCCUGCUGGCAUCGAUGCCCUCAGCGCCUGAGACCUGAGUCCUCACACCCAAGCCAUCUUCUUCACCUGAAAACCAACGAAAGGAUCUUGGAACUUGAAGGGGAAUUGGCCUUCAUCUUCUCUCACCCCCAUCUGCUGGCUCUGCUCUGGCUCUCCAGCCUUCCCUGAUUGUCCUUGCUACCUAUACUCUCAGAAGCCUUUGGGCAUGCCCAGUGCACCAGGACGAUGAAAGAACAACAGAGUCAAGUCUGCAAGUCCCUGAACCAGAGAUCCUGCAGUCAGUCGUGGAUCAUCUGUGUGUCCUGUCCCUGCUUACUCUUUUCCCUGCUCCUGGAUCAGGGCUGAGCUCAGUGGGGCAGUGAGCCUGCGGCCUAUGGAUUUAGAUAGGGGCCUGAAAUGCUUGGUUUCUGGACCAGGUACACUUGUGUUCCCCGCUCCCGGGAGCCCUGGCUGUUCUCCCCCUGUGGGAGCCACCAUUGCAUCACCAUCAUCCACCAGCUUACUCUCCUGGUGCUUCCAAGAUGCUUGAUGCCAACACUGAACAGCCCUUGAUCCUAGAGCUGUCUGCUGGAGUGGGGGUGCCUGAUACUGUUGCAUGGGAGGAUGUGAGGGGAGGCUCCUUAGCUCUCACCAGUGGACAUUGUUCCAUCCCCUCAGUCUCUUCCCAUCAGACAGAGGGUCUUAUAUUCAGAUCCUUAAGAAUGAACAAUCAAGAAAAGAAAGAGAGAGGAGAGAGAGAGAGAGAGAGAAGAGAGAGAGAGAAAGGAAGGAAGGAAGGAAGGAAGGAAGGAAGAAAGAAAGAAAGAAAGAAAGAAAGAAAGAAAGAAAGAAAGAAAGAAAGAAAGAAAGAAAGGAGCAAGCCCCAAUCUUGGAUGCUAUAGGCUUGCUCAACUGCUACAGUCAUUGAGAUGAACUUGUGCCAAACUCCUUCUGUCUCCUGAAUUCAAAGACUUGGAGGGAAAAGCUGCAAGUGGCCUUUCUUUUUUGUGCAUAGAAUGUUAUUCCGCCAACAACUUUUUUUAAUCUUUGAUUUGUAACAAAAUGAUAAGGAGAGUGCUUAUUAAUUAAUUACUCACACAGGAGGUGAAACCCAGUCUACAAAUGGGAGUCUGCAGGAAACACCACUGAUCCUGUAACAUUGGAUGUAAUUUCUACCAUGACCCCAGUUCACCAGGUAGAAAGAAAUUAAUCUCAGUCAAUUCUGGGUCUCUUCAUCUGCCUUUACCCUACCCUGUGAUGACAGGGGCCCUCAGAUCCAGUGGUCCAAUGAAGAAAGAGUGGAUUCAUAUUUUUACUGUCUUUUAAAA